GUAUAUGAAUAUUCAUAUUUCUUGUAGAAUCUUAGUUUUUGAUUGGUCAAUGUUUCAGUCAUGGAUAAUAACUGAGCGUUAAAAAAUCUGAAAAUGCGCAUUUUAUCGGCAACCAACAAGCAAGAUGGCGGAACACAUUAAGUUGGCGCUAUGCACGUACGUGACGUAAGAGCCUAACCUCUAUGACGUCAUGAAUGUACGCGCCCCUCUGAAAACGUCAUGUCCGCUUUACAAACGCGGCGUCGAGGAGAAUUUCCUGAGCUUUUAACCCAUAUUUUUCAAGAUAUAUUUCUGCUGAGCUAGUACAGAAAUACCAUGCCUAAGAGAGGACGUAAGAAGAGGAGGCUUUCAUCUCCUCGCCGAGGGAAUACUAGAAGACGAAAGAGAUAUGCAGAAGAGGAAUCGGAUUCUGAUGACUCUGAUGUCGUAGAUGUGGAAUACACAUGUGUUGAAGUGGAAGAACUUUCCGAUGAUGGUGAUGGGAAGAUUGGAGAGAAGGAGGAGGAAAAAGAGGAGGAAGACGGGGAGGAGGAGGAAGAGGAUGAUGAAGCCCAUAGAAUAGAUAUAUCUUGGAUCAAAGAAGAGCCUGUAGAUGAUGAGCUGUACACCCACCCUCAUGAAGAACAUAAUGGCGAUGUAAAUGCAUUGAAAAGAAGAUGGCAAGCAGAAGAUGAGGAUGACAUUAACCCUAACUCCAAAUUUAUCAAAACUGAAUCAGGAGAUGAAGAUGAUGAUGUGGAUGUUGUAAAUGAUAAAUUGAAAACCGAGGAGGAAGAUGAUGAUACAGAUGAUUAUUGGGAAGAGGAAGAAGGUGAUAUUCUUCGGGAGGAGGAUAGGGUCCCUGCACUUGUUUUGCAAAAGUGUGCUAAGUGUGCAAUAAUGUUCAGUCCGGGCUCCGCCAACCUCCCGUCGGCACUUCGGAACUUGUGCAAGAAGUGCAAACCGAAUGUAAGCAUGACAUGUCAGAUCUGCGGCAAACACUUUGAGCACCACAAGCUAUUCAAGCGGCACGUGCGGGAUUGUAGCAACAACCACUUUGAGUGCAUGGUCUGCAAGGAUAGGUUCCCUACUAACCGCAAACUCCUGGGUCACAGGUGCAUCGAGGAGAACCUUACGCGUAUGCUGCGCUACAUUUGCCCCAUAUGCUGUGAAGGCUUUGAAAAGGCCAAACACAGGAACUUUCAUAAGAGUCAACAUGUGACUCUCAAAUCUGUCAAAUGCCGAAACUGUCGACUGAUCUUUAAAGAUUUGGCGACGUGUCAGGAGCACAAUGAUACACAUGAGUUUGCAAGUCGCACAUUCAUUUGUUUGAUUUGCCAUGUAAGCUUUGACACCCAAGCUGCAUAUUUUGCUGACCAACGAAAACACAAAAUAGAGAAAGGAGAAGAUAUCGUAAUCAGGAGACCCCCAGAAUUUGUAUAUGUGUGUGGAAAAUGCAGGCACUGGUAUGAUGAUUUGCAUACCUUUCGUGCUCACAGUUGCACUCCCAAAAAGGCUCAUGUUAAAGUAGGCUUUGAUCAAUCAUUAGUCAUACUACGCUCUUUAGACUUUGGCGUCUCUGAAACAGAUAUUCAUGACCAGAGGAGGAAGAGUCCGCGCAUACAGAAAGAGCCACCACCCCAGCCAAUUUCAUAUCCUGUGAAGCGGCCACGUACUUUACCCAGACCAGCUGCUUCAGAAGCAAGUCAACCAACCGCCCCUCUAGACGACAACGACAAUACGGUUUUAGAUUCAACCUUCACCUGUCAUCUGUGUAAUCUCACGUUUGAAAGUUCUCGUGGGUUGGGGCACCAUUCAUGUCUGAGCCAGGAUUUUUUGUUCGAUGAUGAAGAUGAUGAUGAGGAAAGUGAUGAAUCAAGCAACAAUUGGCACUCCCAAGGAGACAAUAAUCUACCUUUCAUAAGACUUACAUCUGGCCAACCUCUCAACUUCUCAGAUGUGAUGGAUCAGACCCACCCCAGAACAACCCAGCACAUUCCAACAUCAACUGCAGCAACUGGAAACCAAUCCAAUACCAACUUCAAACAUACCCACAGGUGCUUGCUUUGCAAUAAUUUAGUCAGGCAUAACUUUGAACCGAAUCUGGGAAAGGAGACUGCCAGAUAUCUCUGCCCAAAGUGCAUGAAGAAUGCUGCCAAGGAAAAAAACUGUGUGUUCAAAUGCAGUAAGUGUGGCCAGAUGUUUCCAUCCUGGAAGAGGCUGAAUAUGCACCUACCCUGGCAUAAGGAAAGUACUGGUGAAGAGGGUGUGUUCAAGAAACCAAACCUUUCUUGUAAGUCUAAACCGCCGGGUGAACCAACUCCAUCCGCACAUAACUCAAGUGUUGCUGAAUCUGUUUCAGUCCUGAGUGAACAGGCAAAAAGAAUUGAUUCCAAUACCUCAUCGUUGUCUGAUUUGCUAAAAGAGCCGAUCAACCCUGUAAAGAACCAGAACAAUGAAGCAAGAUUAAGACAACAAGAUGUAAGAAUUCAGUUAAGAAAGAAGUUGAUUGAUAAUCCUGUCAAAAUGCAUGUUCCAGUAACUCCAAGAAUGCCUAUUCCUAAUCAACCAGUGGGAAGCCAGCUUGUUAUAAAUGCACCGCUCAGUGCUCAAAGGAAUGUUAGUGGUAUUACAGUCAUCAAUCGUGGCAAUACUACAUCUCUUAUCGCACACAAGAAUGUUGGUGGUGCUGCAAUCACCAGCCAAGUUUGUACUGCACCCAUGAAUACUGCUAAUGAUGCUCGUGUCACUGCAAUAAUCAGUCAAGGUAAUACUGCACUUCCUAUUAAUGGUGUCGCAAUCACCAAUCGAAACUAUACAACACCUGUUAAUACAAUUGUCGGUAAAGUUACUGCACCACCUAUUCCUAUUGCUCCCAAGAAUGUUGAUAAUGAAGAUAAAACAUUGUUUUCGCAAGUCAAUGAGGCAAUCUCCAAUCAAAACCAUACAACACCUGUUAAUGCAACUGUCAGUAAAGUUACUGCACCGCCUAUUCCUAUUGCUCCCAAGAAUGUUGGUAAUGAAGAUAAAACAUUGUUUUCACAAGUCAAUGAGGCUAAAUCUGAAGAUAAACCUCCAAAACCUCAGAACCAAAUCAGUGACCUAGGUGUACACAAAUACAAAGACAUGUGUGUGAAAAUAACCAAAGAUGGUGCACGAAAGACUAUCCAGGUUUUGCCUGAUUUUCCGAAGGAACAGCCUGAGACAAUUAAAGUGGUUACUGUUUCAGCCGGUACAUGUCUCUCUUCUCAGUCCAUGCCUAUAGGGACGAUUGCAUCAGUCACUUCCCCCUUGAUGGCCACUAAUGUUACAGUGCCUUUGGCUUUUGGAGGCAACCCUCUUUCGAAGGCUAAUCUUGAUGGCAGUUCUUCAACACUAACGAGCAUUAUUCCUGCCGCAUCAAGACCAGGACCAAUCAUACUCCAACCCUCAAGAGUAGAUGCUGUGGGCAACAAGCCUCUUACUGUUUCUUCUGUCAAUGCCAAUAGAAAUACCACUACCAAUGUGACUAUAAAAACUGUAAAUACUUCUCAAUCAGGUCCACUGUUGGUCUCUUUACCAGUGGACCCGUCUCAACCUGUAGAUAGUCAAACUCCUCGCGGUGUUUUCCUUUGUUAUAACUGUAACCUGCUCUUCAUGGACAUUCAAGCUUUGAAGAACCAUGGCUGUGAGAUUGAGGCUUUCACCUGCCAUACCUGCAAUUCCACCUUCAAGACACCUGAACAGCUUUACAAUCACAAGUGCAUGUCCAAGCCUUUCACUUGCCACAUGUGUAAAAAGACAUGCAGUUCGGCUAAAGAGCUUAACCAGCAUCCCUGCAUAGAUGACAGUGACAUUCGGAUAGAACAGCACAGCAAGGAUUCUGGAAAAGCCAACACUGCUAGCAAAGGCAAGCCUUCAAGCUCUGAGGGAAAAGAGAAGGUCCUUACUGCUGUAGCAGGCCAAGGCACUAGUCAAGAUAUGGAGAAGGGGUUCAGGACGAUGUCUUGGAGGGACUUAUCCAAGGGAAGUAACUUCAUUUGCCCUGACUGUGGAGUCAAGUUUAAUAGCAAAGCAUCACUCUAUGUUCACAAGAUGAAACACAAUAUGCGAGUGUGAAUGAGAGUUUCGUAUACAUAGGAUUUGAAGUAUAACAAGUAAGUAGCAUGUCAGAUUGGAAAGCAGUAUAUUUUAUAGAUUUUGCUUUAAAAACUUGGUUUCCUUCAAAUAAGUGACAGGGUAUAUAUCCAGAUUUCUAUUCCAUU